AUUCGCUAGAAAGUUCAGCCCGGCCUCGUGGCGUGUUUAGCACCAAGCAUUCCCCGAAUUACCAAAACAGAAAGAUGAGUGGCAUCGUUCCGGGGAGCAGCGAGCCAGAGAAAGAGGGAGAGAUAGAGGGUGUGUGUGCGUCUGUGUUUAGACCUCGUCUCUUUCCAUGAUGUGUAACCUCCGCCUGUUGUCUUCCCCGACCCUAUCUUUUUCCGAUCACCGCUGUGCAACAUUCUUCGGUAUUUCUGUGGCUGAGUGGCUGUCGGCACAGCAGGUUUUCUGGUUUGCCAUUUAUUUUAGUGCAGGCAACAACUUUCUGUUCCUGUUUCUGGCACUUCUCUGUCUUGGCACAGCAGGUUUCUGUCCUUGUGAUUCUCGGCACAGCAGGUUUCUUGGUUCAAGAUUUAUUUUUAAGUGCAGAAAGGGAAAAUAUCUUUGGGGUCAUAUCGAUGGAUGGAUUGUGCACCCAAUCCUGAUAAAUCCAAGGAGUCAGUGGCUUGUCCUUCAUGGGCUGUGCUUGGUGCCAAGGAUUCAGCGGCUUGUCCUUCAUGGGUUGUGCUUGAUGCUCGGAUUAUGUCUUGACUUCUUGGCUCGGUUGAGCCACAUAUUGUCCCCAACUUGCGACCUUAUUGCACCGCUCAAUCCAUGUGGACUUAUUAAAAAAUAGUAUAUCAUCAAGAUAACGGUGCCCGUCGUUUUCAGUUAGAACAUGUGAUUGCUAUGUUUCAACAUGACAAUCGUUCCAUCCAAGACUAUUAUUUGGGGAACCUGGCUCUUUGGAACGAAUAUUCUGAUUUGGUUACUACGGAAGUUCCUGUUGCCUCUCUUCCCAUCACUGGUUGGUAUGUGUUCUUUAGGUGAUGCAUUGAUCUCUUGGAAGAGUAAGAAGCAAGACAGAGUUUCUAAGUUGUCGACGAAUAUGAAUAUCGGGCAAUGUCUCUUGCUUGUUAUGAAAUUAUUUGGCUUCGAGGUUUGCUUGCUGAGCUAAAUUUUUCUAGAGACCGAUCCUAUGCCUCUAUAUGUCGAUAAUACGAGUGCUAUCCACAUCACGGCCAAUCCUGUCUAUCAUGAGCGCACAAAGCAUAUUGAAGUUGAUUGUCACUCUAUUCGUGAAGCUUUUGAAGCUCAUGUUGUCACUCUUUCACAUAUUUCCACUGACUUACAAAUUGCGGAUAUCUUCACCAAGGCUCUCACUUGUCAUCAGCAUUGCUUCCUAAGUAGCAAAUUGAUGCUUGUUGAUCAACCUGCAUCAAUUUGAGGGGGGCUGUCAAAGGAACAGCAAACAGCAAAGCAAAAGAUUUGUUUCCCUACUUCAGCCCACAAUCAUUUCCUUAUUUCUCAAUUCAUUAUUUUGUACAGCUAGCAUAUAUUUAGUUUACAUGUAUAGGGCUUUAGUUUACAUGUAUAGGGCUAGAAUCAUGCUAGAACUUAUUUAUUUUCCAUGUAUAGCGUUCUUGUAAAGUCUAUAUAUAAUAUACAAAACUCAAGGACAAACCAUUUGGCCAUUC